AUGAAGCAGUACACGUGGGCAGAUGCUCAGAAAUACUGCAGGGCAAUGUACACUGACCUGGCAACAGUCGCAAGUGAUGAUGAUCGGUUAAGACUAACACAAGAAGCAGCAAGCAAAGGUUUUGUAGGAUAUGCCUGGGUCGGAUUGUACAAUGAUAUCAAUAGCUGGCGCUGGUCCUUAAAUGACCUCCCACUGAAGAAUGUCCCUUAUACCAAUUGGUACCCUGGAGAGCCUAAUAAUUCUGGUGGAAAAGAAGCAUGUGCUGCACUAGGCACAUCUGGUCAAUGGGGUGAUGUAGACUGUGCAGCCCUAAGACCCUUCAUAUGCUACAAUGGUCAUUUCAGUGGUGCUGCCAAGUUCAUCGGCAUCACUAGUCCUCUGCUGACCUGGCCUGAAGCUCAGGCUUACUGCCGAACACAUCACACAGACUUGGCCAGCUCUCUGAACAGCUCAGAUCAAAACUAUUUAUUGCAGCUGUUCGAUAUCCAGGGUUCUUCUUGGAUUGGCCUAUAUAGAGACACAUGGAAGUGGUCCGACGGGACCAAGGCUUUGAACCUCUCAUGGUUGCCUGGAGAACCUGCUAAUCAAGGAGGCAAUCAAAACUGUGCAUCAGCUGUUAAUGCACAGUUUAAUGAUUAUUUCUGUGGCCUGAUUGCCUAUUUCGUCUGUCAAUCCAUGAGGAAACAGCAGAUAAUAAAACUGCAGGUGAAGUCUGCUGGGAGUGUGUUUGAUCCUGCUGUGCAGUCGUUAAUGUUCGAGCAGAUCAAACAGAAACUGGAGGAAAAAGGCAUGUUGGAGAACACCACAGUGACCUGGAGGGUGCAGCCAGAUGGGAACAUCUUCCACAAGAAGAAGGAUGAUGAUGAGUUGUAACAUUUAAAUGAUCACCUUCACAUUAAGCAGAUAUAUAUCCUACAACAGUUAGGCUUUAAAUUAGUAGGAAGGGUGUCAUUGUUUGGCAUUUUUAAAGCAAAUAUUUGAUAUUUAACAUACUCAGUUUUUGCUCCAAUUGGCAACACUCAAUGACAAUGAUGAAAGGAGCAUGAUAAAAUAAUGAAACAUGGGCUCCAAAUGAUCAUAUACUGUAGAAUAAAAUAAAAUCAUAUGUAACAUUUCAAUAUAUAAGACAUAGUGUGGUAGAAUCUGUGAGUCUUGAAUGCUCAUAUUUAAUACUUAAUUGCUUCUAUUACUGUCACAUGUUUCUUCUUUUAACUAUAUACGUAGCACUGACUUCAUGCUAUAAUUAUAUAUUUUGUUUCUAUUUUGUUUCCAUUAAGAAUAUAGAUAAUAUAUCUAAUGACAAACAGUUUGUCACUACUUUGUAGCCAUUAUAGAAUUAAGCUAAGUUUAGAAUUAAGCUACUAUUAAUUCAGUAUGUGUUUGAUAUUCAUCCAUAACAAUUAUCACACACAUGUCACUUCAAAACUGUCCUCAUAUCAGCAGCAAACAGAGCAAAGGGUCAGAAUUCAGAAAGGUGUUCUAUAAAAUGUAAUUCUACAGAUAAUAUUAACGGCAAUACUUACAUUGACCAGAAGUCGGCAGUAGAACAAUCAGUAACACAAACAAAACUGCAGGUGCUACAGAUCCAAACACCAGAUUUAUUUCAUUAGUAAAAAUAUACUUUCAUGUAGACACAUGCACUGGAAAUCCUAUUAGAACAAUCAUCAUGACCACCAUGACAGGUAAAGAUCCUCCUACUUGUUCAUCUGAGCAGGUGAUGAGGUUUGCAUGUGACUGCUUCCAGUCUGCCUUGCUUUUAUAACUUCUAGAAAAAGAGCCACUGAGUUUGUGGAGU